GAGAGAUUGACGACUGACGUGUUUAUUUCACAAUUUUGUCUCUUACCUUUUUCUAAUUUGAGUAUUUCUUUGUACUAUUUAAUGCACACGGCAUAUAUUUUGUAAUAUUAGAGUAGCAUAAAAUUAAUUAACAUGUUUUAUACACAUUGUUUGGGUAUAUUAUUGUUAGUAUCUGGGUCAUUUGGCUUGUAUGACUCUUCUUCAGACGUUGUGGAGCUGACACCCAGUAAUUUUGAUAGAUUAGUUCUAAAAUCAGAUGAAGUAUGGAUAGUGGAGUUUUUCGCCCCCUGGUGCGGUCACUGUAAGAAUCUCGUACCUGAGUACAAAAAAGCAGCACGAGCUCUGAAGGGUAUAGUAAAGGUUGGUGCUGUAGAUGCCGAUGAGCACAAAAGUCUAGCUCAGAAAUAUGGAGUCACCGGAUUCCCAACAAUCAAGGUGUUCACAGGCAGCAAACACACUCCAUACCAAGGCCAAAGAACAGCAGACGCAUUUGUUGAUGCCGCCAUUAAGGCUGCUAAAGAGAAAGCCUAUGAUAAUCUUGGAAAGAAAUCAAGUGGCUCUUCAGAUAAGUCGGAUGUAAUAACUCUAACAGACAGCAACUUCAAAGAGCUAGUGCUGGACAGCGAGGAUAUGUGGCUGGUGGAAUUCUUCGCGCCAUGGUGUGGACACUGCAAGAACCUCGAGCCGCAUUGGGCGAAGGCUGCCACAGAACUGAAAGGGAAGGUAAAAUUGGGUGCCCUCGACGCGACAGUGCACCAAGCGAUGGCCUCCCGCUACCAAGUGCAAGGUUAUCCCACAAUCAAGCUGUUCCCAUCUGGCAAGAAGACUGCGGACUCUGCAGAGGAUUACAACGGUGGACGAACGUCCAGUGACAUUGUCUCGUGGGCGCUUGAUAAGUUGGCUGAGAAUGUACCACCACCAGAAAUCUUGCAGGUAGUGAACGAAGAUACAAUGAAGGGUUGCAGUGAGAAGCCGCUGUGUGUGGUGUCGAUCUUACCUCACAUCCUGGACUGUAACGCCGCGUGCCGCAAUGAGUACAUAUCCAUCCUGACCAGACUCGGCGACAAGUACAAGAACAAGAUGUGGGGUUGGGUGUGGUCUGAGGCUGGUGCCCAGCUUGGCUUAGAAGAGUCGCUGGAACUCGGUGGUUUCGGUUACCCUGCUAUGGCUGUUGUUAAUGCAAAGAAACUGAAGUUCUCAACACUGCGAGGCUCAUUCUCAGAGUCUGGCAUUAAUGAAUUCUUAAGAGAUUUGUCGUUCGGCCGCGGGCAGACCGCACCAGUGAAAGGCGCCGAGAUGCCCAAGAUAUCGACAACAGAACCCUGGGACGGCAAAGAUGGUGAACUGCCCCCAGAAGAAGACAUUGACCUAUCUGACGUAGAUUUGGAGAAGGAUGAGUUAUAAGUGUCACUUAUGAGGGCGCGCUAGUCUGUGUGUACGCUUAAUUUAUGUGAGAUGUUAAGAACUCUUCAUAGUGGAAUAAUAGGCAUAAUGAAUUUUUAAACUACCCACUAAUGACAUUAAAUCUUGCAAUAUAAAUGAUUUGUCACAAUUAAACUUUUGUGUCUUUUCUGUAUCCACCGUAGAUAAUGUAAAACUACGUUCUUGUGUAUGUAAUGUUUUCUUUUCAAUUUUCAGAAUUUUCUGAACCAUAAUUUAUGAUAUUAUGUGAGCCUGAUUUCUUAUAGUUCUCUAUCUGAAAUGAUUUAAUUUGAAUUUAAGAAGAGUUCUGCUGUACUGCUCUAAUAAUUAUUUUUCUAGACAAUAUAUGAUAAUAUUUGUUAGUAACAUAUCGUGUAAACAUCACAGGUGAUGCUGUUUUUGGUGCGUUAUUCAAUAAGUUGAGAUGAUGUAUGUAUGAUUUUUUAUGAAUGCUCAUAUAGAGAUAGCAAUUUCAACCAUAGUACCAUAAUUCUGCGAGUUAAUUCUUAAAUUGUCUAAAUGUAAAAAUAGUUUUAAUGAAUAUUUGUACUGAAUAUUUAAUUAAUGGCUGCGAAUCUUCCAUAAAUAUACCUAAUUUGUAUGCAUUUAUUCCAUGACAGCCAUUUGGAUAAUAUUAAAUAUAAAAAUUAAUUCUCAAUAAACUACUUUUAAUACAAA